CUCAGGGAGUGCGGGGAGGGAUAAGUAGCUGAGGUCCUUGCAGCCUAGCCGGAGGGGCCCAUCAGCGUGGUCAGGCAUUGAUUGGCCAAGCCUGGUGCUCCCUGCCCCACAGCUCACUGCAGUGCUCACCAGGCCUGAGCAGUUGCUCCAGGCUGAGCUCCAGCGGACGGCUAGGCGAGCAGCCCCAGAAAGUGGGGUGGGUAUUCUUUGCGCUCCCCGCAGGCGAGACCACUUUUCCUUCAGCAGCAACCCGAAGGAUGGGAAAGGGGGCUUAGGCUUGGGUCCUAGGCCGGCGCCACCAUGUCGCUGCCUCCACACCCAGUUACCAUCCUUCACACACUGCUGCUCCUGCCAGCCCUUUUGAGCUCAGGUUGGGGAGAGUUGGCGCCACAGAUCAAUGGUCAGACCUGGGCCAAGCUGGCACUUCGGGAGAAUGAACGCUAUCCCUUCACCUGCCAAGUGACAGGAGGGUCUGGCAUCCCCCAGUUGUCCUGGUACCUGGAUGGACAGCUGCAGGAGGCCAGCACCUCAAGGCUGCUGACUGUGGGUGGGGAGGCCUUCUCUGGAGGCACCAGCACCUUCACUGUCACUGCCCAGCGGGCCCAGCAUGAGCUCAAUUGCUCCCUACAGGACCCAAGCAGUGGUCGGUCAGCCAACGCCUCCAUCAUCCUCAACGUGCAAUUUAAGCCGGAGAUUGCCCAGGUCGGUGCCAAGUACCAGGAAGCUCAGGGCCAGGGCCUCCUGGUGGUUCUUUUUGCCCUGGUACGUGCCAACCCACCUGCCAAUGUGACCUGGAUCGACCAGGAUGGGCUGGUGACUGUCAACACCUCAGACUUCCUGGUGCUGGAAGCCCAGAAUUACCACUGGCUCACCAACCACACUGUACAGCUGCAGCUUCGCAGCCUGGCAUACAACCUCUCUGUGGUAGCCACCAAUGAUGUGGGUGUCACCAGUGCUUCACUUCCGGCCCAAGGACUCCUGGCCACUCAGGUGGAAGUGCCACUGCUGGGCAUCAUUGUGGCUGGAGGGCUAUCCCUGGGCACCCUGGUGGCAUUCAGCACUUUGGUGGCCUGCCUGGUCUGCAGGAAAGAAAAGAAGACCAAAGGCCCCUCCCGACGUGCAUCUCUGAUCUCUCGUGACUCCAACAACCUGAAACUCAACAAUGUGCGUCUGCUGCGGGAGAACCUGUCCCUUCCAUGUAACCUUCAGCUCAAUGACCUCACUCCAGAUUCUAGAGGGAAACCGGCAGACCAGCAGAUGGCUUGGAAAAACAGCCGACCAGAGCUUCCGGAUUCAGAGCCUGGUGGCCUCCUCACCAGCCAAGGUUUCAUCCGUCUACCAAUGCUGGGCUACAUCUAUCGAGUGUCCAGUAUGAGCAGCGAUGAGAUCUGGCUCUGAGCUAAGGGCAAGAUGGAGGGUGCCAUGGGCCCUGGGCACUCUUCCACUCCUCCAAGGCAUCCUCUGUCCUGCCAUGUUGCCAGUGAGAAGAGGCCAGUUCCACUUUUGUUGCACCCCUAACUGGAGUGCCCUCUCUGUCAUCCAUGUGAUAGUUCUGUUGGGAUCUGACCCUCAGGGGCACAGGUAUCCUUGGCAAGAUGCCGGCUGGACCUAAACCCUUGUUCUAACUCGGGUUGCGGGUCUACAUGUGAUGCUUGUGCCCAAGCAGAUACAGCUCUUCGCUCACAUGUUCAGAUGUCAUCUGGUAUCUUAAGUGUGGCAUUGGCUUGGGCCUGCCCUGCCUCAUACCAGUACUUGGCACCUUGUACAGCUGGCAGGGGUUGUGCCUGGUUGUGGGACAAGGAAGGCCUUGCAUGUCUUGGAUUUCUUUUCCUGUGCUAUGUAGCUUUGUUCCCUCAGGGAAAAUUCAGGACCCCGCUAGCCAUAUAGAACCAAAAUGUUCUUUGCACAGGUGACAACCCCUGGCCUGGGGGCAUUGGCCAAGCACAAACUAUUCUUUUUAGCUGUAUACCUCUAUUUUUUCUCUGUCCCCACCUUCUCUUGGGCAUCAUUGGUUAUAUAUUAGACCUCUUCCACUUCCUCACUGGGCACCAGACUUCCCUAUUGGCCUGGUCUCUGGUGGUGCUAGUGCCUGGUGUUAUCAUAAAUCAAGAGAAAAGAGGGAGAUGAGAAGUCUAGUGGUGUCCAGGACAGCAUGUAGCUAUGCAUCUUCUUAGUGUUUUUCUUACAGUUAGCACUUUAAACACCUCCCCUGGGGAGGGGUGAGUGAGAGCCUUCUCUGUGGGUUCCCCAAGUCUGGUCUUCCUGUGAUGCAGUGAGUACCCUGAGCCCUUGGAGUUGAUGGUUUCCCUCUCCACAUGUCUUCCCUUCAUGAGAGCUCAGCCCUGACCAACCCUACUGCCCCUCAGCAGGAAGCCACUCUUCCCGUCCCACCCUCUGCUCUUCAGGGAAUGUUUAUAGUGGCACAUAAUUCAACAGUUCCAGAAGCUGUUGGAGGACAUGGAGCAAGAGGGACACCACAUACCCCAAUACAGCCUUAGGACAUGUUACAAAGCAACAUGGAAAAGAUUGCAAAUUAAAUAUAUUUCUCCCUUGUUA